CUGUGUCACUGUUAUUUACUUACUGUACUGUUUUUGUGCUGUUAUUGUACUGUUGAAUUUGUGGAUCACUGCAAAACUCCCCAUCACCCCACUUCUUAAAUGGUCUCAACUACUAAGGUUCCUCUGCUGUGAGGAAGAUAUGAUCUUUUGCCUGACAUAAGGGAUGGGGAGUUACAGUGUGUGCAUAUGCUUCACAAGAAGAUUCCGAGUCACAGAAGCAGCAGCACCGCCUGAUGUUGUCGAAAUAUUUGAGAAAUAUUCAGAAGGUGGGACUCACUUGACACCAGAACAACUCUGGAGAUUCUUGGUAGACAUGCAAGGUGAUACUGGAGCUACAAUUUAUGAUGCUGAGAAUAUUGUGCAGCAAGUGGUUCACAGAAGGCAUCAUAUUACAAAGUACACGAGACAUUCUCUUAAUCUUGAUGAUUUUUAUCAUUACCUUUUUUCAACAGAUCUUAAUCCCCCAAUGUCAUCUCAGGUUAGUCAAGACAUGACUGAACCACUGUCACAUUAUUUCAUAUACACCGGACACAAUUCCUACUUGACUGGAAAUCAGCUCAAUAGUGCUUCGUGUGAUGUCCCAAUCAUCAAGGCGCUAAAAAGGGGUGUACGAGUUAUAGAACUUGAUAUAUGGCCAGAUUCAAACUCAGGAAAGGAUGCUAUAUGUGUUAAACACGGAUGGACCCUCACAACUCCAGUGGACUUUUUGACAUGUUUGAGAUCAAUAAAAGAGCACGCCUUUGCUACCUCACCGUACCCUGUCGUAAUAACUCUAGAAGACCACCUUACAUCAGAUCUUCAGGCUAAAGCAGCUCAGAUGCUCACCGAAACAUUUGGAGAGGUGCUGUAUUGCUCUGAUAUAGGUAUGAUGAAAAAGUUGCCAUCUCCAGAAAAAUUGAAACAUCGAGUAAUUAUUUCAACAAAACCUCCAAAGGAGUACCUUGAAGAUAAAGCUGCAAACAUUCAAAAAUACCCGUCCAUUAGAAAGGAUUAUGAUGACGGUCCAUGGGAUGAUGAGCCGAUAUAUGAUACAGAUGAUCAUGAAGAUGACGAUAAGAGCUUUGACAUCGAAAUGCCCAUUCAGAGUGCUGUUAAUUCUGAUGAGCUUGAACAAAAGAUCAUUACACCACCAGAAUACAAGCAUCUUAUCGGCAUAUAUGCUGGGAAACCAAAAGGAGGCCUAGAGGAAGCUUUAAAAGUUGAAGAUGACAAAGUUAGACGCCUUAGUUUGAGCGAGCAAGGACUUGAGAAGGCCGCUAAAUCUCAUGGAGUGGAUGUUGUGAGGUUCACUCAAAAGAAUAUUUUGAGAAUAUACCCUAAAGGUAUUCGGUUUAACUCCUCAAAUUACAAUCCAUUAAUAGGUUGGAUGCAUGGAGCUCAGAUGGUAGCAUUCAAUAUGCAGGGAUAUGGUAAACAUCUCUGGUUAAUGCAUGGGAUGUUCAGAGCAAAUGGAGGGUGUGGCUAUGUUAAAAAGCCUGAAUUCUUACUGAAGUCUAGUCCAGAUAAUCACGUAUUUGAUCCCAAAGUAAAGCUUCCAGUGAAGAAAACUAUGAAGGUGAAAAUAUAUAUCGGUGAUGGUUGGCAUUUGGAUUUUAAGAAAACUCACUUUGAUGCAUAUUCCCCGCCAGAUUUUUACACUAAGGUUAGAAUAGCUGGAGUGCCUGCUGAUAUAAAAAAGCAUAAAACGGUAGUUAAGUAUGACAAAUGGACUCCGUUUUGGAAUGAAGAAUUUGAGUUCCCAAUGUCUGCUCCAGAACUGGCCAUACUUUGCAUUGAAGUACAUGAUGCAGAUAAUGGGCCGGAAAAAGAUGAUUUUGGUGGCCAGAAUUGUAUUCCUGUUUCUCAAAUAAGGCCAGGAAUUAGGGCUGUCUCUCUCUAUGACCGCAAAGGAGUGAAAUAUACCUCAGUGAAAUUGCUUAUGCGCUUCAAAUUUGUCUAAAAAGUUACAUAUGCCACCUAAUUUAGUAUUUUUAUUGUUAGAUGAAAUAUAUAAGUGUAGGGGAGGAGAGCAUCAAAUGCUAGACCUCUCCUUGUACCAGACCACCUCUGUCAGACAGUUUGCUACACCGCUACCAAAAGGUGUAGAUUGAAUUGGAUAGUUCGGUGUAUGGCCUGUAAUUUUCAACCUCAUUAAGGUUUGUUUCCUAGUAA